UUCACCAAGAUGUAGAGCUACCCUUAUUAAAUAAUUUAAUGCUAUCUGGCAAUGCUCUUUAUUCAAACAGUGGUGAAUAUGCCAAAACAACUGCUGUCAAACAAGUUUUAUAUUUCACCUCACCAAAACGAGAACGAAACAAAAAGAAAGAAAAAGAAAGUAGACGCAAAAAUAAAAUAAAAAACAUACCACCGAUGAAAUUUUCCAUCAUGGCCGUCGAACAUUUACAUUUGUGAAAACACCGGAGUCUUGUGAACUACGUAAUAUUUGUAAACAAAUUUUAAACAAUUACAAAACUCACAUCCAAUUAAAAAACAAACUCUAAACAACAACAAAUUUAUCUAAAACCAAACUCGCAUUGUGUGGAAAAUACAAUUCCUAUUCUGUGAAUCCUAUUUUCAGUCUCAAAAUUCAUAAAACCUGUGAAAACUUUGAAAGAAAAAAACUAUACCAUCCAAAAAGGACUGCGUAAAAAGUCUCACAGUUCAGCAGACACAUCCCUCGUGCAUUAUUCUGAUACCAUUAUCUAGCGUGAAAUUUCAGUGAACAAAUUAACUUAAACUAAACUUAAACUUAACUCUUGUUGGCUUUUGGCUACCACUUAAGUGUGGUACUACUGCUAUUGUGUUUCGCUUGAAAAAUCAGCAACAAAAAAAAGUGGAUAAACUCACGAGGAAUCGUUACCGAACCUCAGGAGAGAUUUUCACAGUCUUGGAGCAAGAAAUUUGUAAAAACUGGAAAAUAUGGGCAGCUCCGACGAUCGGGUGUACGCAGCGGAGAGAAUAAUCCAAAAACGUGUUAGAAAGGGCGUUGUUGAAUAUCGUGUGAAAUGGAAAGGUUGGAAUCAACGCUACAACACCUGGGAGCCAGAAGUAAACAUCCUCGAUCGUCGUCUUAUCGAAAUCUACGAACAAAGCAAUAAGUCCUCGAGUACUCCCUCUAAACGUGGAGCCAAAAAGAAGGAAAAAGAGCCCGAUCGUAAUAAUAUCGAAUCGGAAGACGACGAUGACACCAUCGGUGAUGAGAAUGAUACCCCAGCACAAUCUUUGGAUAAAGAAAAACGCAAAGAAAUGAAAGCGUCCUCUGAAAAGGCAGCAAAUAAUUUGAGUGUGACUAAUAAUUUGAGGCGAUCUGAGUCACCAGCAAGCCAGCAACGAGCAUCACCAUUUAUUCCAGAGGGUGAUACAAAUUCCAGCAGCAGCGAAGAUCAGCCCUUGAGCAGCAGAAAAGAGCCAAUAAUUGGUACCAAACGCAAAGCUGAAGUUCUUAAAGAAUCUGGCAAAAUUGGUGUCACAAUCAAAACAUCACCCGAUGGACCACCACCGGCUAAAAAUUAUUGCUUAGACUCGGCUGCUCCCAUUUCGACACCAUUGAAAGCCGAAUCAGCACCACUUUCCCCAGAAACACCAGCAUCACGCCCCGAACAGGACAUUCCAUCAGAUAAACCGCAGCAGUAUGCCAAUCAACAACAACAACUGCAGCCACCACCAGCCGCAGUCCAACAACCAGCGGCUGCAAUUGGGGCUGGAGCUCCACCACAACUUAGAGAUGACAAUGAAUCCAAAUCCAAAGAUCAUCAUUACCAGCAGCAAAAUAGCAAUAACCAUGUCAAGGUAGCGCGGUCUCAGUCACCGCCACUAUCGCCAAAAACUGCUGCACCGCGCUUCUGGCUGCCAGGAAAGUGCAAAAUUUCCGACAAAGUCGUAAUCACCGAUGUGACAGUUAAUUUGGAAACAGUCACAAUUCGUGAGUGCAAAACCGAACGAGGCUUCUUCCGUGAGCGGGAUCUCAAGGCAAGCGGUGAUGUGGCCAACUGAAAGCGGGCCAAAAAUCGCCACAAGGAAGGUCAUUACCACAAUCCCAACCAUCAGCCUCACCAACAUCACCGCCAUCAUCAUCAUAAUCAUCAUCAUCAUCAUCAUAAUCACCAUCACACAACAACGACGACCAAGACGGUGGCCGUGGCGACUACAGCAGUAGCAGUGGCAGUUGCAGCUUCUGCUGCUUUGUGAAGAUGAGUAUAUUGAAGCAGGACUUUCCAAAUUAUUUACAGUUACCGUAACAACAACAGUACUCUUCAUGCAAAUGAGUUUUUUUUUUUAAAUCCCAUUUGGCCUAAUUUAUUUUAAGUUAUUAAUUGCGAUUGCGAUUGAGAGAGAAACAAAAAACAAAAUCUGUUUAAAAUUGUAAAUAUUUAAUACGUCCCUAUAUGAAUUUUUGUUGAAACAUUUAGUUAAGCAUUUAUCGCAGAUAAAAUUGAUGAAUUCUACUCGGAAUUUUUAGGGUUUUAGAGAGACAAAAUGUAAAAACAGAGACAAUAGAAAUAACCAGUAAGACUUGCUUCCUUUAAAAAAAAAGCUAUCAUUGGAAUCAACUUGAUAGAUUUAACCCUUGGUUUUGUUGUCGAAUGGUGCAAUGGAAGUGAUACUUGUGAAUUCCACAACAAAUGUUGAAAAUUAAACUUAAAGGUAACUUCAAACUUAAUGACAUACUGAAAACUGAUUUGAUUUUUGUUCUUCAUAUGUGUAGCAAUUCUAAUACUUGGAAUAGUAGUCCUUAAAAUAGAAAGAUUGAGAAACUAUAUACCUCCUAUUACGCAUCUAAAAAAUGUUUAUAUCUAGUUUUCAGAACUUCCAAGUGUAGUGGAAAUUGGAGAUGCUAUCUUUUACAAUAGUAAUUUCUUUUUGUAAACACUUUUUAUGAUUUGUGUUACAAAGACCAAAUUUUCACUUUGGGUGAGUUAAUUCUAGAUUUGAAAGGCAUGUUCGAUGUUCUUUCAUAUUCAUUCUGGAACACCAACAUGUCAAGCCCUUUCCGCCCAAUUAUCGUAAGAGCCGAAAUAAAUUGUAUCGUAAACGACAAAUCAAAAGCUUACUGUUCCAUUAAACCAUUUAUGCCUUAAGUCAGUAUUGGAAAUUAUUAAUUGUGCUUAAGUUAAUACAGUAACGCACUUAAUUACUGGCACAGCAAGCUCUUUAAACUUUGAAGCAACAUUUUAAGCCUUGGAAACACGCUAUUUUAAAAUUUGUAUUGGUUUGGUAUAUAUAUACUAUGAAACGCAGUUAGUUUAAUUUAAAUAAGUUGUCCAGAUUUAAAGAAAAAAAAUGAUGAAUAACUAAACAUCUAAUUCUUUCAGCACAAAAUUAUUUGCACCAUAUAUCAAAUCUUUAAAUUUACAUAAAGUAAUUUACAUAAAUUUAAGUUAGUAUUAGUACUUAGUUAGGCAGGACCUUUUGAUUUACAACAGCAUCCAAAUACCUGGGCAUAGAAUGCACCAAAUUUUUAGUCGUUUCUUCUCCAAUGUUUUGCCAUUCCUCUAUAAAUGGUGGUUUGAGUUGAGGUUUAUUAUAUAUCACACGCUUUUUUACGCGUCUAUCCAAGUCUUCUGAUAAGUGCUCAAUUUCAUUGAGAUCCAGGGAUUGUGGUGGGUGUGGAAGCACUUGUGCAAUGUUAUAUGCCAACCACAUAGGCACGUCGUGAGUGGUAUGUUUCGGGUCAUUGACGUGCUGAAACGUGAGCCAGCCUGUUAAGUUCAACGUUUCAACACUUUUUUCAGGUUUUCUAUUCAUAUGUUAAUAUAAACUUUCUUGUCCAUAAUUCCGUCGAUAAAAACAAGCUCGCCCACGCAGGCAGCAGACAUGCACCCCCAUACCAUCACUCCUCCAAUGCCGUGUUUUAUUGUAGGUGCCAAGUUAUUUUUUUGAAGUGCUGUAUAUGGUUUUCUCCAGACUUUUGUAUGACCAUCACAACGAAAAACGUUAAACUAACUCUCGCCAGAAAAGAGUACAUCACCCUAAAAAGAGUUUGGCUAGCUUCCGUACUCAAAGGCAUAUUGCAAACGUCUUUUCUAGUUAACUGGCGAAACCAUUGGCUUACUUCAUGGAGUACUCUUCUUAUCGUCGCGUCAUAGGGUGAACUGAUGUCACGAAUUCUUAAUUGACUACAGCAGCUAUUUCAGUUCAUGUAAUUCGAGAGUUAACUUUCACUUUCCGUGUAAUGCGGCUGCAUUCACUAGCAUUCAAAACCCGAGGACGACCAGAAUGUUUUGAAGUUUGAUUUCCCUUUGAAACGGUGCACAACGCUGCGAAUUGUGUAUCGGCCCCUGUCCAUAAUUUGUUCAAUCUCCGCAUAUGACCUUUUUCUUUCCUUUUCGGUGGUUUCCUUCUUUUUUGGGCUCAUUGUAAUAAAUUUUAUUUUAUUUUCGCAAAAACCAAUUUUGUUUUAUUUUCAAAAUAACUGGAAACUUCAGUUUUUAAUUUGUCUGACAGAACUGUCAGAAAGCUGUAAUUAUUUUAAGACAAACAUACUGUGCCAAUAAUUUAGUGCUGUAGAAAUGAAGUUUUUCUAACUUCAAUAUUUCUUUCUUUAAACCUGAGAAACAUAUUUUAAUCAAACUAACUGUGUUUGAUAGUAAAUAUAAGCAUAUAGUAGACAAAAAAAAUUAACAAAAUAGCUUGUUUGGAAGGCUCCAAAUGUUGCUUCAAAGUUUAAAUAGCUUGCUGUGCCAAUAAUUAAAUGCGUUCAUAUACAGUGCCCGCUUUCAAGGCUUUAUGUGUUCAUUUUUCUUUUUAAUUGAAAAUGUCGCUUACGAUAAAAUGACGGAAAGGACUCGAUGUGGUUGUAGACUGAUUUCCUUCUAGAAUUAACUUACUCAUUUACAUUUGAGUAAGCUUCUGGGUAAGAAAAUAUCUAUUUACGAAAUUAAAAAAUGAGAAUUCAUACAUUUACCUAUAUCUUAUACGAAAAUUAAAAUUUAAUGGCGAGGGAAUUUUUCGAAAGAGUUCUUAUGAAUUUACAUUACAAAGUAAUUUUUUUGCUAUGAAUCAUAACUUUUAUGAAAACUUACAAUUGUGUAUUUGGUCGACUAAACUAGUUUCAAAGGGUUUUUCAGUUGUUAUUUAAAAUUUUAAAAUUUUAUUUAGAUGACAAUAAAGCCAUUAUCAUUCGAAGAUUUGGCCAGUUUAUGUUCCAAGAUCUCAGAGAUUUUUGUAUUAAAUAUAAUAAUUCUCUAUCGCAAAAUUCAAAAAGAAAAAAAGGAAUUCAAAGCUAAAUUGGUUGUUAGGUGAAAAUGAAUAGUGUUAACUUUUUGUUUUCUUGCUCCACCAAUGUGCUUCGGAAAAUUCUCGUAAAUCUUAGAAACAUAAACUGCCCAAUUAUUUUAAUUUCAUUCACAUCUUAUUCAAAUCUGCGAAUAUGUUACAUUUUGGAACUCAAAAAAAAAAUGACGUUAAAGCAUAUUUUUGUCCUGUGUAGGAAAAAGUAUGCAAGAUGAAAACUCUUUCGGUGCAUCAUGAAAGAUUUUCCUUAGUUUCCGAUCGAAAGAAGUUGGCUGGUUUGUUUCAUUUUUGUAAUUUCUUCAAUGCUAAGGAAUCUCAGGGGGCAUGAAUCAACAAAUAAAAAAGAUUUAAAUACUUUUUCAAUUUUUGAUUUGCAAUUUUAUUGAUAUUUAAAGAUUGAUUGGCUUAAGUUCAUUCAAAAACAUGUUAAACUCGUUUUACCAAAUAGGUCUUAGGAAUUCAUUUUACUAUAAAACUCUUAGGUCCCAAAAACUGAGAUUCAUAAAUGGGAAAUUUAAAUUCUAGGUCAUAAUUUGAUAAAUUCUGAAGAUAUCGUGUACAUUUUUCAACAUUCCCCCAAACGAGAAUUGAAAUUUUGGUCUGCCUAUUGCUUUGGUCUAAGUAUUUUACGUGUUUUACAGAACGUUCGUACGAUAGGUACGUCAUAUUCAUUCUUUGGUAUCCAUGUUUGGCCGACAUCAUAACAUGCUCAUAUCCUCAACUGACACCAAGAACCAAUUAAUUGAACGAAUCUUAAGUAGCUUAAGUAUAACAUGAAUUAUUAUGUGAUAGCUUACGUAGAGAAAAUAGUAGAACAUUAGCUUUAAAGUUUCGUUCCAUCACAUAGGCCUAAGUAUCGUUCCUGAUCACUAGAUAGAGUCUAUCAAGUAAGAGCGUGGUCGUGUUAAUUUAUAAAAAAAAAAUUAUUUAUGAAACUUUCAUAUUUAUAAAUACAUUGUAGACAUUACAAACAAUGAUACGUACGCGACGCAUACUUAGCACUCAUGGCAUUGAACGUAAUUUUGUUUUAAAAAAUCAAGGACAACAGAACCUUUGUUAACAAUGCAUCAAGGACAAAGCCUCCCUCUAUCAUUAACUGUCGGUAAAGUCGAUCACGCUCUUACUUGACAGACUGUAUACCAGAUCCCAUAUAUUUUUGCUUAAAUUUUUGUCGUGUAUUGAAAGUAUGAAGUAAAUUUUCGCUUGAGGGAAAGUGUACACGAAUAGAUUCAAAAAAUAUUCUCAGAUAUUUUAAGAGACUUAAAAGUUUGCAAAUAAAAUCAUUAAGCUUGAAUAAUUGGGCCCCCGUAGAGUGUGUGCAAAUAAAAAACCUAUCAGACUUUUUUAUGAAUUUUAAAGGGUUAUCUUCAUAACACUUUCUGUGUAGAUUAGAUUGAAUUUAUUUAACCUUCAAGUACGAGUAGUUUUAUAAGUUCUCAGUAACCACCAAACUAAUGUUGUAAAGCUCUACAAUGAAAUGUAUUGGAAAAUGAAUUUUAUUAAAAUCAGCUAUUUAAAUUAUAUAUCACUAAAUUACAAAUUCAGCUCUCUUUCAAUACCUUUGAUGUAAGGGGUGUUUUUUUAAGACAUGUAUAGUAGGUCUUUUCGACAGCUGUCACAUGAUGUAUGCUCAGUGUGGUUUUCAUUCCAAAUAAGUGGAAAAAUUCGUUUCUCUUUUGAACAUUAGGGCCGGUUAUAGCUAUCAGUUAAAUCCAUCCGUAAAAUUUGAAACAGGAGGAAUCUGAAAUGUUUUACUGUUUUUUCAAUAAAUUUACGUCAUUUAAUGUUGUUUUCUUUCUUUUUUUUACUGUUGCUUUCAUCAGUAAAGUUUUUAAUGAUGUGAUCGGAACAGUAAAAAAGUUUUGGAACAUCAACAGUAAAACGAAAUUGAAUUUGUUUUGGCUUUUGAUAGUCAGCUGUUCAGUAAAAUGAAACUUCAUCAUUAAAAAGAAUUAAAAUGGAUUUAUAAAUUAAAUAAAACUUUAAAUGCAUCGUUUCUUUUUGAAAAAUUACUUGAAUAUAUAGGAUUCAUUUUAUUGCAUCAAUCUUUUGCUAAAAAUAAAUCUGUAACAUGUUCAAAACCUAAAAACAAAAAUUUUACUGAUGGAUUUUACUAAUAGCUAUAACCGGCUCCUAAGCCGCCAAUUAUAGCUAUCAUUAGUUUUCAUCAUUGAAAACAAACAUUGGAAUUUUUGUAGCAUGUCGUUCAUAGCUAUCAUUAAAAAUUUCUGUCAUUGAAA